AAAACCAACACGGAAGAGCUCUUAAACAAAGCGCCAGUGAGGAAAAGUUAUGCCAAAAAUAGUUUUUUUCGGGUAUUAAAACUACGACUUGGUCAACAAAACAGGAAUUGCCGUAUGCAAAACAUGCGGUUGGAAGAUUACAGACGGAGACGCAACAACUUCCAACUUCCUUCGACAUUUGAAGUUGCACAAAGAAGGCUGCCCCAUCAAAUAUGCCAUAAAAUGAGACUACUUCUCCGCCAUGUUACGUCCACUGUCGUGUCGUCACCCACCAGGCCACGCCCCCUCCACCCGGGCCUUUCCAGAGGUAUAACAGGUGGUCAUGUAUGUCAUCAAUGGAGAAAAGUAAGCACAGCUUUGAGCCAGCACAUCCAGGACCUGAGCGGGCCCGAGGAGAGGCUGCUAAAUAAACUCUACGAGGGCCUGAUAGGAGGGCAGCGGGCCUCCCUGGCAGAGUCCAUCACCCUGGUGGAGACGCAGCAUCCCCGAAAGAAAGAACUGGCCCAGGUCCUGCUUCAGCGGGUGCUCGCUUACAGGAAGGAGCAGGAGAGGCGGAAUGGCGGGAAGCCCGUGGCUUUCAGAGUAGGUCUCUCCGGUCCUCCAGGGGCAGGGAAGUCCUCCUUCAUCGAGGUGGUGGGGAAGAUGCUGACUGGACGUGGGCAUAAAGUGUCAGUGCUGGCCGUCGACCCGUCCUCCUGCACGACGGGAGGCUCGCUGAUGGGUGACAAGACCCGCAUGACGGAGCUCUCCCGGGACAUGGACGCCUUCAUCAGGCCGUCGCCGACCUCCGGGACGCUCGGCGGCGUUACCAGGACGACCAACGAAGCUGUCGUUCUCUGCGAGGGGGCUGGAUACGAUGUUGUCCUUGUGGAGACUGUGGGUGUGGGCCAGUCAGAGUUUGCAGUGGCGGACAUGGUGGACAUGUUUGUGUUGCUGAUUCCCCCAGCAGGGGGCGACGAACUGCAGGGUAUCAAGAGGGGCAUCAUUGAGAGGGCCGACCUGGUGGUGGUGACGAAGUCUGAUGGGGACCUGGUGGUGCCGGCCAGGAGGAUCCAGACUGAAUACACCAGUGCUCUGAAGCUACUCAGGAGGCAGUCCAAGUCAUGGAACCCCAAGGUCGUGCGGGCUUCUUCGCACAGCGGGGAGGGCAUCCCAGAUGUCUGGGCCAGGAUGGAGUCUUACCGGGAAGCCAUGUUGGCCAGUGGGGAAUUGCAAAUCCGGCGGAGAGCCCAGCAGAAGGUCUGGAUGUGGAGCUUGAUCCAGGAGAACGUGCUUGCCCAUUUCCAGCAUCACCCCAGCGUCAGGGAGGCUCUGCCCCACCUGGAGCAGAGAGUCACAAGAGGGGACAUCUCCCCUGGCCUGGCCUCCGACUUGCUACUGAAAGCCUUCCUGUCAUCGUCCCCGUAGUCUGUAUUGGGAUGGAGGCCUCACAAUGAAACACUUAGUACUUUAAGUACCGUAUUUUUCGGACUAUAAGUCGCAUUUUUUUUCAAAGUCUGGCCAGGGGUGCGACUUAUACUCAGGAGCGACUUAUGUGUGAAAUUAUUAACACAUUACCGUAAAAUAUCAAAUAAUAUUAUGUAGCUCAUUCACGUAAGAGACUAGACGUAUAAGAUUUCAUGGGAUUUAUGGAUUAGGAGUGAGAGAUAGUUUGGUAAAGGUAUAGCAUGUUCUAUAUGUUAUAGUUAUUUGAAUGACUCUUACCAUAAUAUGUUAGGUUAACAUAGCAGUUGCUUAUUUAUGCCUCAUAUAACCUACACUUAUUCAGCCUGUUGUUCACUAUUCUUUAUUUUAAAUUGCCUUGCAAAUGUCUAUUCUUGGUGUUGGGUUUUAUCAAAUACAUUUCCCCAAAAAACGCGACUUAUACUCCAGUGCGGCUUAUAUAUGUUUUUUUCCUUCUUUAUUAUGCAUUUUCGACAGGUGCGACUUAUACUCCGAAAAAUUCGGUAGUUUUAACCAAAUCUGGGCCAUUUUAGAGGACGGUUUUAUGCCGACGACAGCAGAAUAAUUCACUGAAAACAACUGGACUUUUAACAUUUGAUUGAUGGCUUGUGACAUUUGUAAAGGUUUGCACAUGACUUAUUAUUUUGCCUAUGUCAAUAUCAUGAAUACACUAUUAAAAUAAAGUCCAUAGGAUGUUUUAUUGCAUUAAA